UCUCUCUCUCUCACACACAGAAAGUAUGACGGUCAUGGUUUCAGAUUCUAUACCUAUGGAACUCAACCUCGAGAUAUUGUCAAGAUUGCCAGCAAAGUCAGUCGCUAGGUUUCACAGCGUGUCCAAGCAAUGGGCAUCAAUACUUGAUAGUCCAUACUUCAAAAAAUUGUUCCUGGCCAAGUCUUCAGCCCAGCCACGUCUCAUAUUCGCUAUCGAAGAAAAUUGUCUGUGGAGCUUCUUUUCGUUGCCUCAGCAUAUGAGUCCAUAUGAGAAGCCAUCACCGUCACUUGUAUUAACCCCUGAAUUUCAUAUGAACUUCCCUCCAGACGAUAAGUGGUGGAUCUUUAAUCGUGAUGACCGAAAAUUUUCAUGUGGCUAUGCCUCUGGUUUAAUCUAUUUCUCUUGUAUGUCGAUCAAGCAAGGUUACGAUGGAGUGCCUGUGAUAUGUAACCCUAAAUCAGGACGAUAUGAGAUCUUACCUUUUAUCAGAAGGUACAGAAAGUCGUAUGGAUUUUUUGGGUUUGAUCCUAUUAACAAGCAAUACAAGGUUUUGUGCAUAGCUUAUCCAUGUGGUCCUAAUGAUCACAGGAUUAUGACAUUGGGAACUCGAGGAAUGAGGUGGAGAAAGGUCGAAUGUUCCUUAAAACAUGAGGGCGUGAGCGAAGGGGUAUGUGUUAAUGGGGUUUUGUUUUACUUAGGUGACACCUCUGAGUUUGAUAAUGAGGAGGAGUUUGAUGAUGCGGAUUAUGUGAUAGUUUGCUUUGAUGUUAGGUCUGAGAAGUUCAAAUUUAUUUAUACAGAAAGCUUUUGUGAGUUGAUAAACUAUAAUGGUAAGUUAGGUGUGAUUUACUAUGAUGAUCUCACUGAUGAUGCCAUUGAGUUGCGUGUGUGGGUUCUAGAGGAUGUGGAGAAACAAGAAUGGUCGAAAUAUUCCUACACUCUGAGGGGUGAUAAACUCUUCCCGCAUUAUGCUUCCGUGGUUGGAGUGAUUUCUACGGGUGAAAUUGUCUUGUCGAUGGCUGAAUAUACGUCCAAAAAACCGUUUUAUAUUUACUACUUCAAUCCUGAAAGGAACACCAUUAGACGUGUUGAAAUCCAAGGUUUCGAAGAAUACCAUAAACCUUCAGAAAAUCCUAGUAGAGUCUAUGUGUUUUUAGACUUUUUAGACGAUUGUAGUAGAUUCUACCCUUCUGCAGACCACAAAGAGGAUCUUAAUGUUAAGGAUCCAAAGCUACUAGAGUCAAGCAUCUAUGCUCCAUAUGUGUAUAAAAGAGAAGAUGAAGAAGUAGAAGAAGAGGACGAUGAUUAUGGUUUUCCUUGUUUUUAUGGUAAAAGGAAGAAGAAUAAACCAGGUGAAAGCAGGAGUAGAAAAGGAAGAAAACAGGAGGGGAAGAAAAAGAAGAAGGAAGUAGGAGGAGAAAACAGAGACAAUCAUUGGAGUUAGGUGAAAGCAAUUGGCAUGUCAUUUUGUGCUUUUAUCUAUGAGUUUAUGCUCUUUAAUUAGUUAUGUACUCUCUUUAUAAUGAUUUUAAUAAACCAAGUUUUCUUUUAAUAUAUCUCUUCUCAGUUUC